AUGCAGAGAGUUGUUGCUUGGUGUUUAAGGUUUAUAAGAAAUGUGAGGGGGAAUAGGAUUUUAAGUCCCUUCUUAGAAACAAGCGAACUAAAAGAAGAGCAUGAUAUUAUAAUCAAACUAGUCCAAAGAACUGAGUAUAAAAAGGAAAUAGCUACUUUAGAGAAAGCGAGAGUGUUAAAGAAAAUUUCUUUAAUUUCUCUAAACCUGUUUUUAGACAACAGUGGCGUACUACGUGUAGGAGGAAGUUUAAGAAAUGCCAGCUUAUUAGAAUCUGUGAAACAUCAAAUAAUAUUGCCUAAGAAUCAUCCUGUUGCAAAAUUAUUAGUGCUAUUUUAUCAUCUUAAUUAUAUGCAUGCUGGCGUACAAUUAGUUAACUCUGCAAUGAAACAAAAAUAUUGGAUUAUAGGAGCAAAAACUGCAAUACGCAGAGAAAUAAGGAAGUGCGUUAUCUGUGCCAGAUUUUGCUCUGAAUUUUCGAAACAAAUGAUGGCUGACUUACCUUCUGAGAGAAUGAAUCCCGGAAGACCAUUUCUUAGAUCAGGAACUGAUUUUCGAGACCUUCUUGAUCAGCCCUAG